ACCUUCUCUUCUUCUUAAAUAUUUCUCUCUCUUUGCUAGAAUCCCUUUCCUUGUUUGUUGCACAUAUAUUCAUAUAAAAUGCUACCUCUUUUUCUUUCUUUCUUCAUGUAUCUCUCUCUUUCUCUCUGAAAAAUCUGAAAAGAAAGAGAAAAUCAGAGCAACUCACAGAAACAUCUUUCAAGAACAGCUCACACAUACAUAUACCCACUUUCUUUGUUUCUGUCUUUACAUAAACGUCUCUCUUCUUUUUUCUUAUUUUUUAUUUUCUUCUUUCCUACUCUUUCUUUAACUGGGUUCUCUGCACAACAAGCUAGCAAUUAGUUCCGCACAUAAAGAUCGUUCCUUUUUCUUGCUUGCUUGUUGGGUUCAUUACUUCAAGACAGAAGCUGUGAUUAAAUACAGAAAGAAAAGAGAAAUUAGAAAAAGAAAAUUCUUUUCCUCUCUCUUUCGCUUUAUAUUUUACUAGCAAUUAGUUUGGCACAUAAAGAUUCUUUCUUUUCUUGCUUGCUUGUUUUGUUGGGUUCAUCACUUCAAAACAGAAGCUUUGAUCACAUAUUGAAAGAAGAGAAAAUAAAAAUAAAAGAAAACAAAUGGUGCACUACCAUCGUUACAGUCAGUUGAAAAAAGAUGAAUAUCAUCAUCAUCAACAACAACAUGGUGAAGAAGAUAUUGAAGCUCUUGCUUUAGUUUGUGGCAAUUCUGGUUACUACAAGAGAAAAAGGCCUAAACUUCUUUCUCUUCUCUUCCUUUCUCUUCUUUGUUGCUGUCUUAUUUUGGCACCUCAUUUCUUUUGCUCUUCUUCUGCUUUCUCCCUCUUGUAUUCAUUUGUUGUCGAAACUGAUGGGGUGAUUGGUGAUGUGGAUGUAAAUGCUUCCUUGUGUUCUUCAAUCUCUAAUGGAACCAUGUGCUGUGACAGGAGAAGUUUUCGUUCAGAUAUCUGUAUCAUGAAAGGGGAUAUAAGAACACACUCUGCCUCUUCUUCUGUUCUCCUUUAUACUUCAAGAAAUACUAGUUCUUUGAUUAAAGAUAACGAAGAAAUCCAGCAUGAAAAGAUCAAACCAUAUACGAGAAAAUGGGAAACAAGUGUAAUGGGCACAAUUGAUCAAUUAGACCUCAUCUUAAAGCAAGAGAAAUCUUCUGUGAACCAUCGAUGUGAUGUGAAGCAUGAUGUACCAGCUGUGUUCUUUUCGACUGGAGGCUAUACCGGUAAUGUUUAUCAUGAAUUCAAUGAUGGGAUUGUGCCUUUGUAUAUUACAUCUCAGCAUUUGAAAAGGAAGGUUGUGUUUGUCAUUCUUGAGUAUCAUACUUGGUGGAUGAUGAAGUACGGAGACAUUCUUUCACGUCUUUCGGAUUAUCCCGCCAUUGAUUAUAGUGGAGAUAAGAGAACUCAUUGCUUCCCUGAAGCCAUUGUUGGUCUUAGAAUUCAUGAUGAACUCACUGUGGAUUCUUCUCUGAUGAAAGGGAACAAGAGCAUUGUUGAUUUUCAUAAUCUACUAGACAAAGCUUAUCGGCCUCGAAUUAAAGGUUUGAUUCGAGAGGAGGAACAUGAAGCCCUAAAGAAACUAAGACAAAAAGUACUCCCUCUGUCCCCUUCAUCAGAAACCUUGUUAGAGUUCAGAAAGGAUGUGCAAGAAUCAAAACAUAAAAGACCUAAACUGGUUAUCUUAUCACGAAAUGCUUCGAGAGCUAUAACUAAUGAGGACCUUUUAGUGAAGAUGGCUGAAGGAAUUGGAUUUCGAGUUGAAGUUUUGGGGCCUGAGAGGACUACAGAACUGGCCAAGAUUUAUAGGGCACUUAAUUCAAGUGAAGUUAUGAUUGGUGUUCAUGGUGCUGCCAUGACACAUUUUCUGUUUAUGAAGCCUGGUUCUGUGUUUAUUCAAGUCAUUCCUCUUGGUACAGAAUGGGCAGCAGAGACUUAUUAUGGAGAGCCUGCUAGGAAGCUUGGUCUAAAGUAUAUUGGCUACCAAAUUUUGCCUAGAGAGAGUUCAUUGUAUGACAAAUAUGAUAAAAAUGAUCCUGUUCUGCAAGACCCUGCAAGCAUAUCCAACAAAGGAUGGCAAUACACGAAGACAAUCUAUCUUGAUAGCCAAAACGUGAGAUUAGACCUUGAAAGAUUUCAGAAACAGUUAGUUCUUGCUUAUGAACACUCCAUGAAGAAAAUGAACCAUAGCUCUCGUCACCAUUCGCAUUGAUAUUCUACUCUUGCAUGUACUUGACAACACGAUUGUUUCUUAUUCUUGACCAUUUAUCAUUGAUUGAUUUGAUGUAUGCAAUAUACAUGCUAAAAUGCAACACAUAGCAACUAGGAACAUUUAUUUGUAGAGAUUAUUGCACUUAUACAUCUCCUGUACAUGUAAGCAGAAUUCAGUAAGUUUCUCUUGUGUGAAUAAGAUGUUGGAAGCAGCAACUACUCUUAAAUCUCUGUUAAA